AUGUCCCCGUCGUCGUAUUCAACAGCGAGACACCUUCGCAUCUUACUGGUUGGAACGUUUCUGAGCCGACUAUACACAUGCAUCCUCAUCGUGCUCUCAGCAUCGUUUCUGCCGCUCUUUGACUCUUCACCGACAAUCUUGCUUGGAAACUCAUGGCAGUCCUCGUUUCUCCGCUGGGAUGCAUUUUAUUUCACUCACAUCGCCGAGAAUGGUUAUGUCUACGAGCAUGAAUGGGCAUUCUUCCCUGGAAUACCACUUCUAAUGCGCUUUGCUUCACAGUUCCUUACAGGCCUUACCGUUCAUGGCGAUGUUUCUUCAGAUUUAACUACGAGUUUGGAAUGGACCAUGUUGCUACAGGGAGGUGCGCUAGCUGCCCUAGCAUGCGAUUCGACGCGUACGCUCUAUCAUUUAUCUCUCCAUCACCUUGGCUCCCCCUCUCUCGCAUUUGUCUCUGCAGCUCUUUCUUUACUGCCCAGCAGUCCUGCAGCCUUGAGAUUUGCAGCAUACACUGAGCCGAUCUUCACCUUCAUGUCGUACAGAGGCAUGCUAUACUGCACCAGGUCCCAGUGGCUCUUUGCUUCUGCGUGCUUCGCGUUCGCGAGUGUAUGUCGCUCCAACGGAGUGAUGCUGAGUGGGUUCAUCGUCUGGGGCAUGUUGGUUGAACCAUUCUUAAAUGGACAAUAUGAAAAGCUCUCCUUCACCCACAUACUCUAUACCAUCCUCCUCACCGCAUUGCCCAUCCUCCCAUUCAUCUACCAUAACUACAUGGCAUACCUCGCGUUCUGCAGCACCACUGCACAGCCUGCGGAAUGGUGCACACGUCGUUUCCCAUCCAUCUAUGCUCAUGUUCAAGAUAAAUAUUGGAAUGUCGGGUUCCUACGCUAUUGGACUUUUCAACAACUACCAAACUUUAUCAUAUCUCUCCCUGUCCUCUUAAUCAUCUACAUAUUCGCCUUCAACUAUUUCUCUGCUCUUCCUACCGUCUUAACCUCUUUCCCUCUGCUUUCUCAUACCCGCGCUCCAAAACCAAAACCGCGGUCACCCUUCCUCUCCUCAAGGCUACUUCCCCACGUAUUGUAUGCGACGCUCCUCACGCUCAUUUUAACAUUUUCUGCCCACACCCAAAUUGCCCUGCGCACCCUCCCCGCGGUCCCAGUAACUUACUGGUCAGCUGCUUGGCUCCUCCUUGAACGACCAAUGUUGGGCAAGGCAUGGGUUGCGUGGAGUAUGGUGUGGGGUUCCCUGAGUGCUGUUCUAUGGGGCGUAUUCUUACCUCCGGCGUGA